AGGAUUAAUUUGGGUAGGACCAGACUGCAACGAUGAUGUACGUACUCUGUACCGUUACUAAAAUUCCGGUACCUUUUUUUUCGCGGCGAUUCCCGGACCGGUGGCCCCUCGGCCAAACUUUAUCGUUGUACCUGACGUAGAUGGUAGACCGGCAACUUGCAAUUUCCAAUCAAUUUCAAUGGAUGAGGGUUAAGUUUCUUAAAAAUGCUCCUAAGCAAUAAAUCGCCUUUAUAGAUUUUACAACUUUUUUUCGUCUUGUAAUAUUAAUUGGCGACUUUGCUUGGUUAUACACCUAGCUAGGUCCCUAAUAAUGUUCUAUACGUCAUGAUAAAGACAGUGCGAUCAGGUCUUUGGACCUGCUCAAGAUGUCUCCGACAAACCCCUCGACUCCGGGUCCGAGAUCAAAGACGAUGGCUCUCUUCCGCGCCUGGUGCUGCUACUCAAGUCGAUACACCACAUAUACCGAUCGACCAUUCUACCGAUCUAAAGCAUGACGACUCUCUGUUGCGCCAGAUAUUCGACUCCCCGCCAACGUUCAAAGACUUUACGAAACCUAUCCUCAAGGUUAUGAGCCGCGAAAACGUAGGGUUGUUCAGGAAUAAAUAUUUAACAACGCCUCAAGGGUUUCUUAUAUUUGCUGAUGUCACGGUGAGGAGAGCGCAAAAGGUGGUUGAUAAAGUACUUAAUGCAUCAACUCUAGAGGAUUAUAAGGCCAUCGUUCGGGACCUGGAUAGACUGAGCGAUCUUCUCUGCCGUGUUUUAGAUGUAUCCGACUUUGUACGAGUUACCCAUCCCGAUUCGAAGAUACAAGACGCCGCAUCCGAAGCGUGGUCGUUGGUUUAUCAAUAUAUGAAUCAAUUGAACACUGAGACGGGCCUUAGCAAUCAGCUAGGAGUGGCUCUCGCCAACCCGGAAGUAAUGGCCAGCUGGAAUGAAGAGGAACGGACGGUCGCGAAAUUGUUGCAACAGGAUUUUAUGAAGUCGGCAAUACAUCUUCCCAAACAGUUACGAGAUCGGUUCGUCGACCUAUCGCAGCAUAUCAGUGAACUGGGCUCAGCUUUUGUCGAGUACAUGCACCCUGAACAGACGGUCAUCGAGUUCCCAAGUAGCAAGGUAUAUGGUUUGGACCCCCAAAUAGCCCGCUUACGCACCCGCGGGGGUUUGGUUCGCCUGCAGACGAUGGCGCCCGAAGCCACGGUGGCGCUCAGAAAUGUCCACGAUGAGGAUACGAGGAAAGCGAUUUACUAUGCAACUCGAACUGCGUCUGGCAAAUCUAUUCAAUUGCUGGAAGCCAUGUUAAAGUCACGCGCUGAACUAGCGAAGCUUUCUGGCUUUGAAAGUUAUGGGCAAAUGGCACUUCAUGAUAAGAUGAUGGCGAAAACUCCGGAGUCCGUUCAUCAGUUCCUUUUAGCCCUGUCUAAGCGCAACGAGCCACUUGUCGAAGAAGAGAUCGCGGUUCUACUCCAGGAGAAGAGAAAAAAGCUGCAAUCUGCGGUAACAGAUCUUCAACCGUGGGAUAGGGAUUAUUAUAUGACGAAUAUACGUUUAGCUAUGAGAUCACGACGAAAAAAUGACGAUUUCCUGUCGGCUUAUUUCUCACUAGGGACUGUAAUGCAGGGGUUGUCAAGAUUAUUUACACGUUUAUAUGGAAUCAGGCUGGUUCCUCGGGAUACGCUAGCGGGGGAGACAUGGCAUCCGGAUGUGAGACGCCUAGAUGUUGUGUCUGAUACCGAUGGACACGUUGCUGUCCUCUACUGCGAUCUCUUUUACCGGCCUGAUAAGUCCCCUAAUCCGGCCCAUUUCACCGUGCGUUGCUCUAGAGAGAUUUCGGAAGCCGAAAUUCGGGAAGCAGCAGAACGAAAAGAUGAUUAUGCGGAGGAGCUCCCUCAAUUCGAUUCACCUAUCGACGCUGCGAAUGACGGGAUGCAUGUGUCACAAUCAUCAGGCACAAUUAAACAGCUACCAACAAUUGCACUUGUGUGCGACUUUGAGGAGAAUAAAGGUCGGAAUAAACCUGCUCUCUUAGACUAUUAUCAGAUGGAAACGCUUUUCCACGAGAUGGGACACGCUAUCCAUUCUGUUCUAGCACGGACCUCUUUACAAAAUGUGGCGGGAACUCGAUGCGCAACUGAUUUCGCGGAGCUGCCUUCGACAUUGAUGGAACAUUUCUGCGCCGACCCGUCUGUUCUCGGCUUAUUUGCGCGACAUUAUAUCACUGACGAACCGUUGCCAUAUGAAAUGGUGGUAGAUAAACUACAUAUUGCGAGAAGAUUCGAGGCUUCAGAUAGAGAGAAUCAAAUCAUACUCGCUAUGCUAGAUCAACAAUACCAUUCAUCCUUGCCAAAUGAAAAAAGUUUCGACUCGACGGAGAUCUAUCUCGACCUUCAGAGGAAUUUCGGCAAACUUCCGCCUGACCCACAAGGGACUAGAUGGCAAGGAUUCUUUGGUCAUCUAUUCGGUUAUGGUAGCACUUAUUAUAGUUACCUCUUCGACCAGGUGCUCUCGAAACGCGUGUGGGACGUCGUAUUUUCGGCAGGCCAAAACGGCGCUGCUCUCGACCGGGCUAACGGCGAGAGACUGAAAGAGAACCUUCUCAAGUGGGGAGGUAGUCGUGAUCCGUGGAGAUGCCUCUCAGAUGCCCUACAAGAUGAACGUCUAGUUAAUGGCGACGAGAAAGCUAUGAGAUUAGUGGGGAGCUGGGUUGAUAGAGAUGAACAUGCCAAGUAGCUAUUACAUAGAUGUCUAGGUACGGAUGAUUGUCUUGUAUAAAAACUCACGUAUAUAGGUAGAGGUAGAUUAGUGUUUAUACGAUUGUCCAGCUGUCAUUUGACAUAAUAGAUCCCUUUACUGUUGGCA